AUGGCGACGGUGCGGGCGUAUGAGAACAUCGAGGCACGUCGCGGCCGGGAUGGUGGCGAUGUCCGGGACGUGCGCUGCUGCCGGGACGUGCGCUCCUGGGCGGAAGUCUGCGCGGCGGCUCGCGAGAGGGAGUUCAAGAUCUUGGCUCGCGAUUCGGAGAAGGCGAGGAAGGGGCGGCGCGCUGCAGAGGCGGCGGGCGAGCCGGAGGUGGCGCCAUCGCCGGCGCCGCCGCCGGUGUUCAAGACGCUCAGGGAGAAGAAGGCGGCUCAGGCGUCAGCGGAGGGCUGGGCGGCGGAGUGGGCGCGCGAGAAGUUCGUGAUGGCGGUGCAGGGAGAGUUCCCACGCGCGCGAGGGGCAGGCGUUCCCAAGGGGACGAUCCUGUGCCUCGGCAGGGUGCUCGACGCGCACGAUGAGCAGGAUGACGCGGAGGGUGGGCACCGGGACUGGGAGGAGGACCCGCUCGGGUUCGACACCAACCCGAUGCUGCUCCGCGCCAUGUGCAUGGCGUUCGAGUGA